UUGAGUGAAACGAAGAGGUCGGGUGUUGAUUUUCCGAUGGACAGUGUGCGAGCCGCGGGACUUCCUGAUGAGAUGAACAGUUCACUGGCCGAACUUCAUGCUGGGAUUUCACAGAUAGAUAACCUUGCAGUAACCCUUGCGAAGAACGUCAUCACAGUCGCCGAUCUUCGGGCUGAGAUUACAAAAUUGAAGGAGAAGUUGUCCCAGCAAUGGAUACGUUUCAAUGGAAGACUUUAUUACUUUUCAUCGGGUAAAAAAGAGUGGGGUGAAGCUGAAGACGUCUGUGCCAUGAUGAAAGCCAAGCUCUUGGUCAUUAACAGUAAUCUGGAGCAGACGUAGAUUGGGCGGAAUGUGUAUUCUUAUUCCUGGAUUGGACUCCAUGACACUGCUGUGGAAGGCACCUGGCGUUGGAUGGAUGGGACACAUUAUGGCUCGAAUGUAAAGU